GCCCGAGUCCCGGCCAGUGCCUCUGCUUCCGGCUCGAGUUCUCUCUUCUCUUACAUACGCUUCGCCAUGUCCGAGACCGCGCCUGCCGCGCCCGCCGCACCGGCCCCCGCCGAGAAGACACCCGUAAAGAAGAAGGCACGGAAGGCCGCAGGUGGCGCGAAGCGCAAGGCGUCCGGACCCCCGGUGUCCGAGCUCAUCACCAAGGCUGUGGCCGCCUCCAAGGAGCGCAGCGGCGUGUCCCUGGCCGCGCUCAAGAAGGCGCUGGCGGCCGCCGGCUACGAUGUGGAGAAGAACAACAGCCGCAUCAAGCUGGGGCUCAAGAGCCUGGUGAGCAAGGGCACCCUGGUGCAGACCAAGGGCACCGGCGCCUCCGGCUCCUUCAAGCUCAACAAGAAGGCGGCUUCCGGCGAGGCCAAGCCCAAAGCCAAGAAGGCAGGCGCGGCCAAGGCUAAGAAGCCCGCGGGCGCAGCCAAGAAGCCCAAGAAGGCUGCGGGAACAGCCACUCCCAAGAAGAGCACCAAGAAGACCCCAAAGAAGGCGAAGAAGCCAGCUGCAGCUGCAGGAGCCAAAAAAGCUAAGAGCCCGAAGAAGGCGAAAGCAGCUAAGCCCAAGAAGGCGCCCAAGAGCCCUGCCAAGGCGAAAGCGGUGAAGCCUAAGGCGGCCAAGCCAAAAACCGCCAAGCCUAAGGCAGCUAAGCCAAAGAAAACCGCAGCCAAGAAGAAAUAAAUUUUCUUUGGCAGACUGCUUAGAAGCCCAACAACCCAAAGGCUCUUUUCAGAGCCACCCACAAAUCUCAAAAGAGCUGUUGCGCAUUUGGUGGGGGCGUGGCUAGGGUGGGGACGCUGGCGAGUGGGCUGGGCUUCGGGAGACGUACAGAGCAAUGGGUAUCCGGGUGUUUAGGGCGUUUGGGAGUUAGCUGACAUGGUGACGCUAAGUCUGUAUUUAGUUCAUUUCAUGUACGGCUACGUAAGUGAAUUAGACACGAGAGCAUGAGGCAGCAAGUGGUUUAAUCCUAGGUGCCACGCUGAUAGGCAGUAAACUUUUAAGGAGGUAACAAUUUAGGGUGGUUGAAUCGUUGGCAUUAAAAAGCUCUAACGCUCAGUAAAGCUACACAGCCUAGCCACCGCCGC